AUGAAUACACACCCGGACAAAGAAGAAGAAAAGAAAAUGCAGGGUGUUUUGGCAUUUGACAGUGACCGCCAUGUCACAAAGCGGCACAAAGCCGUCCGUGCCUGUCAACGGUGCAAGGACUCAAAGAAAAGAUGCAGUCUGACGAAUGAUUUGCGUCGAUGCAAGCGGUGCGACGCGGACGGCUGGCCCUGCUCGUUCGAGAGGACGCCUCAACCGAGCCUCCACGAGACACAGCAUCAGCGGCAGCAUGUAUCCAGUGAACAUGGCCGCAUCAGCCCCCUGUCUGUCACAACUCUGCCCCCUUACUCCGGGGCGGACACCAGGGCACCUAUCGAGCAGCAGCACUCGGCGGGCUGGACCAACGGCAACGCUCUAAAUCCCGUUGCUUUAUCUACGCGCAACUCCUUUUAUUCUGGCAGUGACGGCCCAGAGCAUCACGAAUAUCGUACACAGGUGUCGAUGCCGAUGGAACCUCUCCUCUCGUCCACCUUGUCUCCAGAUGACAGGGACUCCAGAUCCAAUCUGCGCCCACCAUCGCCACUCGCGACUCCAGUAACGUGUGCGUCCAAGGAAACCGAGGAGUUCCGCUAUGCUACCAUGCUGAGCCUCAUGGAGGCCAGGGACUCAAGUAAUGUGAGGAGCAGUCCACGCCAGGCGGUCAAGCUUAUCUCGGGCACGAACCCACUGUCAGCGCUCCUCGGCAAGGAGCUGAAGCACACGAUCGUCACUAACAGCUGCUCUUUCCGCACGCCGGACCCUGUCUCCGGCGCCUCCAAACCAUCGCUGCGACGGGGUCCUAGAAUCCACAGUUUUGACUGGGAGCAGUACUACCGCGUCCGUGGUGUCCCGGCGACCCGGUUGCAGUUUUUGCAUGCCAUGGGCUGUUUCCGACUCCCACCAGCUGCCCGUUGUGCCGAGCUUCUUGAGAUAUUUUUCACUUAUAUCCAUCCGAUGCUGCCAGUCAUCGACCGCAAGGACUUCCUGUCGUGCUACUAUGGAAGCGGCGAGCCUCCUCCCCUCCUCGUUCUGCAUGCUGUGUUUCUCGCUGCUUCGCGGUACAUGAACGGUGAAGGGCGGUCUGUAGACGGCGUGCCUGAGAUACGGAGCCACUGUGAUGAGCUUCACGCGAAGCUACGGUCCCUAAUAGAUGUCGAUAUCUCCCAAGAGAGGCUCGCUGUGAUUCAAGCGUCCCUCAUCGCCAGUCUCCACUGGGAGGGCCGUGAAGGGCUGAACUCUGCCAUCGACAGCCUGAGCCUCGCUGUGCGGGCUUGCCAGGAGAUGGGACUCCAUCGGAAAAUGGUGCCGGCGCAGCGGGUGACUUCAAAAGCCGGAGGACAGGAUCUGCUUUAUCGGCGCAUAUGGUGGUCCGCCUAUACCCUGGACCGUCUCUGCGCUGCGCAGGAAGGUACCCCCUUCUUGAUCAAUGAGGGAGACUGUGACGUAGAAUUGCUGACUGAAGACGACCUCGCUAGCGAGGACUCUGUCACAGUACAGGCCACGCUGAUCAAUUUGUCGAUAGCGCGUCUGAUAGAGGACGUGGUCCGGUGCCUUUAUUCUCCCCAGGAGGACCACACCACGCUGUUUACGUCGCGUGGCGUACGUCUACGGCAGCGGCUCGCCAUCCAGCUGGAGGACCUCAAGAGCCGCGUCCAGAACAUGUUGCUCUCCGGGCAAGAGGUUGAGGACGCCCUGAAGGAGGUGCCGUAUACUGUGUCGAUUCUCUGUGGCGCCAUCCUGUUAACCCAUAUCGAUGCCGUGCAAAUACUUGUGCACCGCCCAUUCCUCCUAUACUCGGAGCCCCACGAGUCUGACACGUAUUUCUCAAGAGAUGCAUGCCGCCGUCACUCCGUAGAUAUCCUUUCGCGCCUCAACUUACUCCUGAGACAUAAUCUGCUGCGGUUUUCGUGGCCGUUCACAGUAUACGCGGUGGUCAACUGCCUGCUUAUCUUCUGGUACGACGUCUCGUCGCCGUCGCCUAUGGCGCAGACGACGCUGCAGGCGGCUCGCAGGGACUAUUCCGCCGUGGUCAACCUGCUCAGGGUGAUGGGCAACACGUGGUGGGCAGCAGCAGCCAAGCACAAGCUUGCCCUGGCCCUCGCGCGCGCUGCAGACAUGCUCCACGCCAAGGAGCGGCAAAACGCCGCGACCCCGACUGCGGCGGCACAGGGAGGGUCCGCCGUCUCUAUAACUGCCUUGUGUUCCAUGAGCACCGACAUCAGCGCAAGCGCAGGCUACGAGGUUCCUCCCAGCCCACUGUCCAGGAUGGCAAGCGGACCGUAUGAUGACGGCAGUGGGCACUUCGAUAAUGACGUAUUCUUCGAAUGCGACAGUACCGAGUAUUGGUCGUCGCUCGGGCUCGAUUUCAACUUAGACGUGGCGGAUAAUAUUUUCAGCAUUGAACGGUUGGGGAGUGUGAUAUAA